AUGUCCCAGGCCGGUGGCAGCCCCCGGGCAGAGGACUCGGGGCCGCGUGUCGGGGCGCACUUGCGCACCCCCAGCCGGGGCAGCCAGCGCGUCGAGUGCAUCAUCUGCUACUCCUCCUACGACCUGGGCGUGCGGCUGCCGCGGCGCCUCUACUGCGGUCACACCUUCUGCCAGGCGUGCCUGAAGCGCCUGGACGGGGUCAGCAACGAGCAGCGCUGGAUCCCGUGCCCGCAGUGCCGCCAGAACACGCCCACGCCGCGCGGAGGGGUCACCAUGCUCGACCUGGACCUGGCCACCUUCCUGGCCGUCAAGGCUGACAAGGAGCAGCCGCGGGGCGCCGGCAGGAGCCCGGCCGCGCUGCCCGCCAAGGGCCCGGGCAAGGAGCCGGCGGUGACCCAGCAGCCGGCGGGGCUGUGCCCGGAGCCGGGGCCUCCGGCGCUGCUGCCCCGGCGCGGCUGCUGCCGGCUGUGCCUGUGCUGCGGCGUCACCGCGGCCUUCGAGAGCUGA